CCCGGUUCAGGAACUUGAUCUGGGCCGAGUUCAGAAAUAACGCACAGGGUUCGAGUGCGAUUUUAUGAGUGUGCCUGAAUUGACAAUUGGCCAUUGGGCCCAUAGCACUGUCUAGCAUUUUUGAACAGCUAGGGCGUCGCACCGGUGUCACACUCACACUGGGUGUGUCAUUCCUGAACUCGCCCCUGAUGAAAAGUGACAACACCUCACCUAACUUCACUUUUGUUUUGAUUUAUUUAUUUUUAGGUUAGGAGGUUACUGCUGGCCGCUGGCCGGAUUUGUAAUGGUUUGUAUACAAGAAUCCGUUUGUAUACAUUUUUUUUCAGAAAACCAAAAACCAAUAAUAAUUAUUUAUUCAGAAAAAUGUUGAAAGAAGAUAAAUCUGAAUACUAUUGCAUUAAUUGUGGCGAAAAAACCAAAAGCCUAUUCAAAAAAUACAGUGAGACAGUAUUGAAACUAACAAAUUGUGAUAACUGUAAUGAAAUUGCAGACAAAUACCUAGAAUAUGAUAUAGUUAUAAUAAUUAUAGACCUUAUAUUGUUGAACACAAUGGCUUAUAGACAUAUAUUAUUAAACACUAAAUUCAAGCAUUUCUGGAAAUUAUCUGUGAUUUUAAUACUAUUAGAAUCCUACUGUAAGUGGGUCUUAACUUCUACAAAUUUCCAAGACCAUAUGAUUCAUAAUAAAACUAGUCAACCAAAUCUAAAGGAUUUCCACAUGAAAAUAGAAGACCUUCAAUAUUAUGGGAUUUGUAUAAAUACGACAAUCAGCUACUCUUGUUUUACACUAACCAUUGUUGCACUUAUAUGCGUCUAUAAACAAUAUUUUAACCAGAAGUUACUCAUUCAUCCAUCUUUAACUUUGGUAAUGAAAACUGUAACUCUUGCAUCUACAGGCAUACUUCUACAGUUACCAUCAAUAAUAUGGGAUUUGUCUUUGUAUGGGUAUCAUUUACAUUUUAUCACUUUGUAUACUUGGUUGAGUCAACUAUUGGCAUUUAGAGUGAUAUGUCCUAGUCCUAAAGCCUGGUGCCUUUUUGUAAUAUUUUCAGCACAUUUAAUAAAGACUGGCGUCAGUGUCAACUACAAGUUUUGAUAAUUUUAUGGUAAAAUAAUAAAGUUUUUUUUUCCUCAGCAUUACAA